ACCAUAAAACUGAAAGAAGUUCCGAAAGAAGCUCUGGUGUUGCUGUCUGGUUGCUGGGAAUAUGGCUAAUAAUAGGUAGAGACGUAUUUAUUUUUUUAAUGUAUUUUUCAUAAUGAUUUUGUCCAGUUAGUAAUUAGUGAGUUUGUUUUUUAUGUAGUGGUUUUAGAAGAUUUGAACUAGCUGUUCAGUGGAAACCAGAGAAAGUAGAGGACAAUUUGGGUAUCCAUUUCGUUGGUGGUGUAAGUUUUCAGAUGACUAUUCCAUCCAGGGUGAACUAUCAGAAACUUUGUGAUAAUCUGAUUCGGAGAAUACGGCGUAGAGACGAAACAAUACAAGAUAGUGUUGUGAUUACAGGUUUCACUUACUGUCUUCCAGAAUGGCAGAAUGGUGUUUUAUUUCAUUAUGCAAUGCCUAUUGUCGAUGAUGAUAGCUUAAAUGUGCUUUGGAAUUUUAUGGCACAAAAUCCUUAUUGUUUGGGUGCUGAGAUACAUGCUGAGCUCAGUGAGGAUCGGGGUGGAGAGGAAGAAGAUGACACAUGGAGCAUGUCAUACGAUCAUGACUAUGAUGACAGAGUGGACGAAGACAAUAAUGAUGAUGAUGAGGAGGAGGAGGAGGACGACGACGACGACGGGAAGGAAGGAGAACAACCUAAUUAUCCUCCAUAUUUUUACUUGUAGGGUAAUGAAGAGGACAAGGAAUUAUCAUAUGCUGAUUCAUAUGGCGUAAUUCCAAGGCCUAUUGUUGGUGGUUUUGAUGGAGAAUUCUACAAGGGGCAAAUAUUUCACUCGAAACAAGCUGCACAGGUGGCGUUAAACACUAUGCACUACAAUGCAACUUUCAGUAUAACAUGGUGGAGUCGUCACCUUCAAUCUGGAAUAUCAGAUGUUUGAUGCACAAGGAGGACAAAUGUCCUUGGAUGGUGUGGUUUGGAUGUCGAGAUGUGGGAGGCGAUUGGAGCGUGAGAAAGGCCGAGUUGGUGCAUACUUGUAGCAGUACGACUCAACCGACGAAUCAUCGCCAUCUUGAUUUCGACGUUAUAUCUGAGUCCGUGAAACACUUGGUACGUGCUCAACCAAAGUUGAGUGUUCUAACUGUGCAGGUCGAGUUGAAAGAUAAGUUUAAUAUGCAAGUUACUUACAAGAAGGCUUGGUAUGGGAAACAAAGAGCAUUGGAGAAGUUGCAUGGAAAUUGGGAAGAAUCCUACGAUUUUUUGCAAACAUUCUUGCGGGUGGUCAAGAGAAAAAUGCCAACAUCGGUGAUUGAUUGGGUAAGAGUUCCUUCGACUCAACCAGGUCAUUCGAUAUUUCAGCGAGUAUUCUGGGCUUAUGGACCUUGUAUAGAUGGAUUCAAGAAUUGUCCAGGCAUCAUGGUUAUUGAUGGAACAUUUCUUACUGGGAAGUGUAAAGGAGUGCUACUCAUGGCGAGCUUAUUUGAUGGCCGGAAGAAGAUUUUUCCAAUUACAUUUGCCAUAGUGGAGAGUGAGAAUACUGAUAGUUGGCCAUGGUUCAUAAGUCACGUUCAGGGUUUGACUGAUCGAAAUGAUGUCCGCAUUAUCUCAGAUAGACAUGCAGGACUCUAUGAAGCCAUGAAUAACAUCGGAAGAGGUUGGGAGUGGAGAUGGUGCAUGCGACACUAUGCAAGCAAUUUGCAAAGGAAGACUAAAAGCAAUUAUGUAUAAGCAACUAUUUCAAGUCGGUAAGCCUUCUUCAUUUAAUUUUGUUAUUUAUUUUCAUGUAAUUUUGUCAUGAAUUUAUCUAACCCGUGUGGUUGUUUAUUUUGUUAGCCGGAGAAAAACGCUUGGAGAAGUUCGAUCGUCAAGUUGAGCAAUUUAAGUAGGUGGCCACGGAUAGAAAUAUUCCAUGUGAUAACUGGGUGGACCAACAUCAAAUUCGUUGGAGUUUAGCACAUGAUAACUACAAUGGUGUGCGUCGUUGGUCUAUCCUGACAUCCAACAUGGCAGAAAGCAUCAAUGGUGUUUUCAAAGGUAUUCGUGCACUUCCUAUAGCUUCUCUUGUGCAACAUACCUAUUGGCGAUUGGUGGAGAAAUUCGAUAAGUACAGGUUGGAGACAGGAGCAGAAAUUAGAAGUGGUCCUUCACAGUACUCCACCAAGUGCGAAGAGCUGAUGAAGCCGUGGUCAUAAAAGGCAGUUGGACAUUCCGUGAUAGCUCUUGAUCGAUGUCAAGGCAUCUAUGUAGUACAGACUCCUCCCAACAAUUUCAACAUGACGGGGUCAAACACACUCACAAUGCACUUUGACGACCCCAACCGGGCAGAAUUUUGCACUUGUGGGAAAUUUCAAGGAAAUAAAAUUCCUUGCUCUCAUGCCAUUGCAGCUUGCAAACGAAUGGGGGCUAAUCCAUAUAGGUUUGUAAACGACGUCUACAAGUUUCAAACAGAGAUGGCUUGUUAUGGGACAAGUUUCACUCCUCUUGGUGAACCUAAGGGUUGGAAGAAGCAUAAUGACCCUACUCUCCAUCCUAAUCUGCACAUGAUUAGAAAGCUGGGGAGGCCAAGAUCAAUGGUUUAAUGAUUAGUAAUUUAAAUAUAUAUUAUUUAUAUUCAAAUAAAAUUAUAAAGGAACA